AAUAAAUUUUAUUAAAAAAGGAGAAGAGAGAAAAAAACGGCAAGUGUACUCAAUUUUUUUUUUGUGGCAGCGCAACUAAAACUAAAACGAAAGAAAAUGUACAAGAGAAGAAACACAAAACAACAAAAUUGACCGGCGAGCAAAAGCAAAGCAAAGCAAAAAGAAGAAGAAGCAGCAGCAAAAGCAUCUACAUACGAAUACAAAAACUACAACCGUAUGUGUGUGUGUUGUGUUGUGUGUGUGUGUGUGUAUGUAUUGAAUAAAUACACAUUGUUCCAAUUGACAUAAUAAUAAAUAAAAAUAGAGUACUGAAAUACUUUUGCUUAUGCUAAAUGCAAUGUUAUUUAGCCGGCAUUGAUAAUUGAUCAAAAUAUUUGCGUAACAUUCGAUUAUUUUGGCAUUUGUAUUGAACUGAACAAUUUUAACCCUAGUUUGGCUUGUAUCGCAAUUUUCCAAUUGGAAUUUGUGAACAUAUUCAAAUUGGCAACAGCGACGCAACAUGCAAAUUUUUAUUAAAUUCAACUGUUUUUAAUUAAAAACUAAUAUGCCAACAAAUCGUCAUGGCACUGACAAUUGUUGUUGCUGUUGCCGUUCCUGGGCAAUUUAAUUGCACUAAAACUAGAACAAAACAUAGCAACUUUAAUUGCUAAACCAAAGAGCAAGGAGCAGAAAAUUUAACACACAUUUCCUUGAAUAACAUUGAGAAUCGAAUCAACAAAAACAGCAAACAACACACACAACAAAAAAUCGGACAAUUGAACCCAAGCAAAAGGAGUAAAAAUGGAUCACUUUCAAACAUCGCUGAAUCCCCGGAAACAGGAGCUGCUCGAGGCCCGUUUCAUCGGAGUCAGGAUGUCCGCCGGCGCUCAAUUGCAGAUGGCCCCACAGACCACAUCGACCCUAAGUCAUCAUCAUCCCAGCAGUCAGGCAGCACAGCAGCAACAACAACAGCAACAGCAGCAACAACAACAGGCGCCACAGCAGCAACAUUUUGCUAAUCAUCACAGUACGCAGGCGCAACAGCAGCAGCAACAAUUGUUACCACAACAACUGACGCAGCAGCAACACUUGCAAACGCACACGUUGCAUCUGCAACAGUUGACCACACAACAGCAGCAACACACGCAACAGCAGCAGCAGCAACAACAACAGGCGGCAGCAGUGGCUGCAGCAGCUGCGGCAGCAGCAGCACAACAGCAACAACAACAACAGCAGCAGCAACAGUCGUUGCAACAUCAUAGCACACUGCCGCCACAGCAUCAGCAGCAGCAACAACAACAGCAGCAACUGCAACACUUGCAACACCAACAGCAGCAGCAACAUCCGCACGCGGCGCUGCAUCAGCAGCAGCAACACGGAGCCGCUGCUGGCGGUCACAGCAGCAAUCCGGACUCGAAUAUGAGCACUGGUUCCUCGCACAGCGAAAAGGAUGUCAACGAUAUGCUAGGACUCGGCAGUCUACAGCAACAGCAGCAGCUCAACGCUGCGGCUGGUCUUCACUCCAACAACGGCGCCUCCAUGCUCGACUUGCUGCAACAGCAGCAGCAGCAACAACAGCAACACAACAAUACCGGACCAGGCAGCGGAGUUCCGGUGCCGGUUUCGGUGCCAGGACCCGGCCCAGGACCUGGACCCGCGACCAAUGCCAGCGGGAAACAGCCACGAACGCCAGCGGAACGCAAACGUAAACGUAAAAUGCCCAACAACACAGAUGAGACGGGCAACGGAGGCGGUGGCAGCAGCAGCGGCGGUGUCGUCGGCAGUUUGAAGGGCAAAGCGUUGGCAUUUCGCGACAGUUCGAUGUCAAAGGCGGGCGGCAAUCUGGCGCUUAGCCUGUGCGGUGCUUUGCCCAGCGGAGGCGUCGCCAGCAGCGGCGGUGGCAACGCAUCUGGUGCCGGGGGCGGGGCUGGUGGCAAGAGUGCACGCUUGAUGGUCACCGGCGGCGGUGGCGGUGGUGGAGGCGGUGGCGUUGUUGGGAACGCGGAUAAGAAGAUCAACGAAUACUUUAACAAGCCGCAACAGCAACCGAAUGUGGCGAACUCAACGCUGCGGCAGCACACGGGCAGCAAGUCGCCAUCAUCAGCCAGCCAACAGCAACAACAACAGCAGCAGCAACAGCAGCAACAACAACAGCAGCAGCAAGUUAACAGUCAGCAGGUGCAGACGACGAAUGCGUAUUCCAUACACGGCUAUCAUGCAACUAGUCCACAGACGCAGGCGCCCAGUCAGCAACAGCAGCAGCAACAACAACAGCAGCAACCAGGCGCCGAGUUUCAUUAUGUUGGCUCCGUUGCGGCGGCGGCGGCAGCAGCAGCUGCGGCAGCGGCCAAGCAACAGCAGCAGCAACAACAACAACAGCAGCAACAGCGUCAAACUUCCAAUGCAAUGGUUCCUCAGCAAACGCAAAUGGGCGUGGCUAUGUCGCAUGUGGGCGUGGGACAUGGUGUACUCGGACUCGGUGUCGCGACGACGCAACAACAACAGGCGGCGCAACAGCAACAGCAGCAGCAACAACAGUUGCCCGUGGUGACCACAGCGACAUCAAGUGUUUCGGUUGCCACAACGCAUCAGCAACUGAAUCCCCUCGGUGUCGGAGUCGUGGGAGGUGUCGUUGGAGGCGUGGGCGUCGUGGGAGGCGUGGUCGGCGGUGUUGUCGGUGGCUUGGCGCCUCCGCCGCCGCCGUUGCCAAUGCCAGCGGCGAUCAUGACGUACACGAAGGGCACACAGACGGAGGUGUCGCAGCUGGAGCUGCAGGAGCGGGAGGCAGAACACGAGUCGGGCAAGGCGAAACUGGACGAGAUGACAAGACUGUCGGAUGAGCAAAAGUGCCAGAUCAUCAGCCAUCAGAAGAACAUCGAACAGCACAAAUCGCACAUUGCCAAAUGCAUUGAUGUCGUGAAGAAGCUGCUCAAAGAGAAGAGCAGCAUCGAGAAGAAGGAGGCGCGUCAGAAGUGCAUGCAGAAUCGCUUGCGUCUCGGUCAGUUUGUGACGCAACGCGUCGGUGCCACAUUCCAGGAGAACUGGACGGAUGGCUAUGCGUUCCAGGAGCUCAGUCGGCGGCAGGAGGAGAUCACCGCGGAGCGUGAGGAGAUCGAUCGCCAGAAGAAGCAGCUGAUGAAGAAGCGACCCGCCGAAUCCGGACGCAAGCGCAACAACAACAGCAACCAGCAGAAUAACCAACACCAGCAACAGCAGCAGCAACAGCAACAGAAUUCCAAUUCCAAUGACUCCUCCCAGCUGACCGAUCGCCUCGGCGGCAACGCCGGCGCCGGCAGCUUGGACAGCGGCAUCGGCAACGUUGGCAACACGGCCGUCGGCAAUGCGGGCGUCGGCGUCGGUGUCGGUGGCAUCGGCAACGUUGGCGUCGGCGGCGCCGGCAGCGUCGCUGGCAGUGGUCGUGGCCUCUCCCGCUCCAAUUCCACCCAGGCGCAGCAGGCCCAGCUGCUCCACAAUGGCGGCGGCGGUGGCGGUGGCGUUGGCGGCAUCGCCGGCGGUGGCGGAGGCGCUGGCUCCGGCGGUGGCGGCGUGGGCAAUAGCGGUGGAGGCGGCGGUGUCGGUGAUCGUCUCUCGGAUCGCGGCGGCGGCGUCGGCGGCGGUGGCCCAGGCAGCGGGGGACCCGGCGGCAGCGGCGGCAUCGGUGGCAACGAUAGCGGCAGCUGCUCCGAUUCGGGCACGUUCCUCAAACCGGAUCCGGUGUCGGGAGCGUAUACGGCGCAAGAGUAUUACGAAUACGAUGAGAUACUCAAGCUGCGACAGAAUGCCCUCAAAAAGGAGGACGCCGAUCUGCAGCUCGAGAUGGAGAAACUGGAGCGUGAGCGUAAUCUCCACAUACGUGAGCUCAAGCGCAUACUCAACGAAGAUCAGUCCCGCUUUAACAAUCAUCCUGUGCUGAACGAUCGAUAUCUGCUUCUAAUGCUGCUGGGCAAGGGCGGCUUCUCCGAGGUGCACAAGGCGUUUGACCUCAAGGAGCAACGCUAUGUCGCAUGUAAGGUGCACCAAUUAAACAAGGAUUGGAAGGAGGAUAAGAAAGCUAAUUAUAUCAAACACGCCUUGAGGGAGUAUAACAUACACAAGGCGCUGGAUCAUCCGCGCGUCGUGAAGCUCUACGAUGUCUUUGAGAUCGAUGCGAACUCAUUCUGCACCGUGCUCGAGUAUUGUGAUGGACACGAUCUGGACUUUUAUCUGAAGCAGCAUAAGACUAUUCCCGAGCGUGAGGCGCGCUCGAUAAUAAUGCAGGUUGUGUCUGCACUGAAGUAUCUAAAUGAGAUUAAACCGCCCGUCAUCCACUACGAUCUGAAGCCGGGCAACAUACUGUUAACCGAGGGCAAUGUCUGUGGCGAGAUCAAGAUCACCGAUUUCGGUUUAUCCAAAGUGAUGGACGAUGAGAACUACAAUCCGGAUCAUGGCAUGGAUCUGACAUCUCAAGGAGCGGGCACCUAUUGGUAUCUGCCACCCGAGUGCUUUGUCGUUGGCAAAAAUCCACCGAAAAUCUCAUCGAAAGUGGAUGUGUGGAGUGUGGGCGUGAUAUUCUAUCAGUGUUUGUACGGCAAGAAGCCAUUUGGUCACAAUCAAUCGCAGGCCACGAUCCUCGAAGAGAACACCAUACUGAAGGCCACCGAAGUGCAGUUCUCGAACAAACCAACCGUGUCCAAUGAGGCAAAGAGCUUCAUUCGUGGCUGUUUGGCGUAUCGCAAGGAAGAUCGCAUGGAUGUGUUUGCGUUGGCAAGGCAUGAGUAUAUACAGCCGCCGGUGCCGAAGCAUGGCCGUGGGUCGCUGAAUCAACAGCAGGCGCAACAGCAGCAGCAACAGCAGCAGCAACAACAGCAGCAACAACAGUCGUCCACGUCGCAGGCGAAUUCGGCGGGACAGACAUCGUUCUCAGCCCACAUGUUUGGCAAUAUGAAUCAGUCCAGCUCAUCCUAG